AUGUCUCACAAAGACGGAUUCUACGUGAAAAAGCUUUCCAAAAGGGAUGCAUUGGGAACAAAGAAACUAACAGAUUUGUUCAGCAAGAAACCAAGGACGGACACAAAUGACAACCAGGCCGGCAGUGGACUUUCAAACGAAGUUGAGUCGUCCGAUUUAGACGAAGAAAGGGCAAGUGCCAGCUGCAGUACGUCAUGUACGUAUACGUCGUCAGAUAUGAGACUGUUUUCGUCCGAGAAGUACGAAUCAAAGUAUCAGUGGCUUUACUUUAGUUUCCCAAAAAGAGGCUAUAUGUGUAAAUUAUGUGAAUAUUUUGGGCGAAAUAGCGUCUUCACAACUGGAACCGGUCUCGGUGACCACCCAACAAGACUACUAGAAUCUCACGAGAACAGUAAGGCUCAUACAGAUGCAGAGGAGAUGAGAUUGGCUUCUAGAAGUACCACUGUCAAUGUGCAUCGAUUAUUGAAUGAACAGCCCCUUUCAAAAAAGGAUACUAAUCGAGAAGUUGUCAAGAAACUUCUGCAAUGUGCAAAUUUUCUGAUUAGAAGAAGGUGGGCCCUUUCGGACAAUUUUGAACUUUUUGUGAAGUUUGUAGCCCAAUUAGGCGUUGAAGAGCUGAUGAACCAUAUCCAAACUGCUCCAGCAAAUGCAAGAUACUUGUCAUCAUUUUCUGUCCUUGAUAUUCUAGAUACUAUGAGCAUGUACUUAGAGUCAGAUAUUUUGGAAUCGCUCAGAGGUGAGAAAUUUUUUACACUACUUGCUGAUGAAAGCACGGAUGAAUCAGGGAGAGAACAGUUUGCACUGUUUGGGAAAUGGUCUUUCCAUGGGGAUAUAAGUGAGCAUUUCCUGGGAAUAGUGCACAUCAACAAAACUGAUAGCCUGACACUCACAGAUGCCAUUCAAAGAUUUUUCUUGGCCAAAGGAGUAUCAUUGGAAAACCUGCGUUUUGUUGCAUUCGACGGUACCAAUUCAAUGAGUGGCUGUAAUACAGGUGUUCAGCGAAGGUUGCGAAAUGUUUCACCUCUGUCUGUCUACAUGAACUGCAGGGCUCACAAACUUGCUCUGGUCAUGGUGCAUUUGAUGAAGAUCAAGGAGUAUGAUAUCCUACAACAAGUGGAUUCCUGUUUGUUAGGUUUAUGGAAACUCUUUGAAUACAGCCCAAGGAAGUUUGAAAUAUUCAGGUCGGUGCAAGCUGCGUAUGGGAAACAACCGCUGCAUCUCAUCAAAGCAGCAACUACAAGAUGGCUGUCACAUGGUCUGGCUUGUGAGCGUGUUGUGGAUAGAUAUAGUGAACUAGUGGACUGUCUUGAUGCGCUCUAUGAUGACAGAAAAGAACCUGAAGUUUUCGGACUUUGUUCAGUGCUUCUCAAGAAAAAAGUCACCAGUAUGAUUUUCUUGCUGAGUGAUGUCCUCAGGAUUCUGAAUGAGCUUAGCUUAUUCCUCCAAAGAGCUGACAUGAAUUUUAAUGACAUUCCUCACCAGGUCAAAAACAUUGUAGAUCAUUUAGACAACCUCAUGGUUCUUUACGAAGAGCGAGCUUCACAUCAGAAUCUGAAAUUCUCCAAGAUUGAUGAUGCAUAUUUGAUUAUUCUUGAACGCACAUCUUUACAACAAAGACGACGUGAAGGUGCGCAUGCACAAACAGCUGCAACAUAUAGUCCCGAAGAUUUCCUUAGGGAAACUGGCUUUCCAUUCAUCAGGUCACUAAGAAGUGAGCUAGAAGAUCAGUUUGUAUGCUCUCCUGUUCUAAAGGCAUUUGGAGUCUUGGAUCCAAGGAACAUGCCAGAGAAUAUUUGUGAUCUGAGCAAUUAUGGAAAGACUGGCAUUGAGACACUGGCCAACAUGUAUGGAACUUCAAAGUCAGACACUUUUAAAGGCCACACAAAAGUUGUACCUGCAGAUUUUGACUCCCCUCAGGCGGUAAUGGGAGAAUUUGAAGCUUUCAAAUCCCACAUGUUUGUGGAGAGACAAAACAUGCAGAGGAGAGAUGAUGAGAUAUCUACGACAUCCCUCUACAGAGUCAUGAAGAAGGAUAAGAUUCUGUCAGAGCUAUAUCCUCGGAUGAUACAGCUGUUGGGGAUAGCCGUAUUGAUACCAUGCUCAACUGCAUCUGUGGAACGUGGUUUUAGUCUGAUGAACUCUCUUUGUACAAAUUCCAGGAAUCGUCUUGGUCAGGGGUCACUUGAUGCACUGAUGAGGAUAUGUUCCGAGGGAAAAGAGGAAUUUUCCAAAUAUGAUUUGGAAAAAAUGGUGGACAUAUUCAAAAAUAAGAAAGAGAGAAGGCUUGAUCUUUAA